GAGCAAAAAAUGUGAAAAUGGCUACUGUACGGUCUGAAUCCGAGCAACCAUUAGAUAAUAAACUUCAGAACAGCACGUUCAUAGCAGAUACACUACAGCAUGCAUCUGAAACUACAGUUGAAGGUAAAGUGGAGGAUUGCGUACGCGGCAGCAGAGUUCAAACAACGACAGACCCUGAUGCUCCGUCUUCAGCAGCAAAUGAAGAUUCAUGCCCACAUGGCGAUACUUCACCACCAAGCAACAAAGACGCAACGGAAACGUCGUGUAAUUUGACAGCUGAGGUGGGCGAGCAAAGAAUGGAUGUGGAUUUGCUAAGUAAUGGCGAUCAAGUCGUUUCCACUGAGCCUGGAAAGGUCACGUCGGAUUAUUUGCACAAGGAAAACAAAGGGCAAGAGACCAGCAAGGAAACAGCAGAAGAAUCCAGCCCAAAGGAUACCAUCGAGGAGUUGGCCGAUGUAAGUGAACAAACUGAGCCUUGUGGCGAAGCAACACAAGGCACGAAAGGGGAGUUAAAGGAAACAGAAGAUCCCAACAGCUUGACAAAGGAUAAGGGCAACACAGAAGAGAAGGCAGAAGAGGAUGAAUCUAAAAAUGCUGGGACGACUUCAGCUGUCAAGCGAAGGAAAAGUCGCCUGGAAUGUAAAGAAUGUGGUAAAAAAUUCACUCGUCGGGAAACAUACAACCUACAUCGACACUUUCACAUGCACCAGGAUGAAGAGGCUUCCCUCGCUUGUAAGGAAUGUGGCAUCACUUUCCAACAUCGAAGUGACCUCAUCAAACAUCGCAGUACUCAUAAAGAAGACAGCAAACCUAAAUUUGUAUCAAAUGUCUCCCGUUCACAAAUCUUCCGUAAGAGGAGGAGGUCAGUUGAAAAGGUAUACAAGAGGAAACCGCGAAAGUAUCAGUGUGAGCAGUGCGGCUUAUGUUUCUCUACCACAACAAGAUUAAGACUUCAUGCUUGUGAACACAAUGUGGAGAAGCCUUUUCGGUGCCCGUUGUGCCGCAGGGAAUUCCAGUACAGGGUGUCCAUAAAUGCUCACAUGCGCAGUCACUCAUUGGACAGUCCGUAUCGAUGCCUAGAGUGCAACAAAGGCUUUCAAAGUGUGGAAACGAUGCAUAUCCACCAACGAUCCCAUGCUGCUCUAAAACCAUAUGAGUGUCCGGAUUGUAAUAAAGUCUUCAAGCAUCGCUAUGUUAUGGAGGACCAUCGACGCAGUCAUGCUGAAGAAAAACCACACCAGUGCAAAGUAUGUGGGAAGAAUUUUAAAUACGGCAGCCUUUUGCAACAGCAUAAGUAUCUUCACUCUGGCCAAAAGCCUUACCACUGCUCAUACUGUGAUAAAAGGUUUGCUUUUGCACAAAACAUGCGAGCCCAUUGUCGCCAACACAAGAAAAUUUCUGACUCUGCCACUUCCGAGGCACAUAAUACCAACCAUAAGGUAUCUCAAAGCAGAGAUUUGGGCCAAGUAGGUAAAGAGAACACGAACCGUGAUGUCGAGCGCCAGCGCAAUUGUCCUCUGUGUCCUCAGAUGUUUUAUAAAGCGGCCGAUUUAAGAGCACACAUGUUAAUUCAUGAAGUGGAAUAUGAAAGAAUGAGCAAUGGUAAAAAGUUUGAUAAAGUUUAUGCAUGUCAGUUUUGUCCUCUCAAAUUUGCAACUGAACAAAGCUUGCAGUCCCACUCACAAACACAUAUGACAAACGUACUGGGUGUAAACACAUCCCAUCAUGUGAAUGCAGUACGUGAUAAAAGAGAGGAAGAUGCAGAUAUUGAGAGUGUGUCAGGAGGAGGAUCAGGGGACCAGACAGAGAAGAAACCUUUUCGAUGCAGAGACUGUGGCAAAUGCUUUCGUUACCGAUCAGUGUUAGAGCUCCACAUGCGCAUACAUAACAAAGGUUACCAGUGUCCGGUGUGCAAGAAGUCUUUUCGAUUCAGCAGCUAUUUGCAGCAGCAUUCGAUUAUUCAUACGGGGAAGAAGCCAUACAAAUGCCCAGAAUGUGGUAAGGAUUUUGCAUUUCACCAUAACAUGAAAACUCACCAGAGGCUGCAUCUACAAAAGCCGUUCCGGUGCACGCAGUGCCGAAAGGGCUACAGUGACGAAAGUCAGCUUCAGCGCCACAUGCUUUCUCAUACCGGUGAAAAGCCUUACAAAUGCCAUCUUUGUGACAAGAGCUUUUCUUUAGCAUACUUGCUCCGUGAUCACAUUAAUACCCACACGGGGGAGAGACCCCAUCGUUGCCAGGAGUGCCACAAGUCCUUCCCUUGGCUUAGCAGUCUGCUUGUACAUCAAAAGAUACACAACCGUAAACGACAAGGUCAUGGUCACGGUUAUUCUUUGUCCAUACAUUCUCAAAGAGGUAGAGUAAGAGAAUUUGCAAGUAGUGGCAGAAGAGGUAGGCCAAGGUUUGACAGAAGCCUAGCCCUACGACAAAACACUGUUCCUGGUGAGAUCCUUUCACAACAGUCGCAUGGCUUUGAUGCAGACAGACAUGAAAGAAUACAGCUGAGAUCACAGCACUUACAGAUGAAUAAUCAAUCAACCCAGCCAGUUCAGUUGCAGCAAAAAUGGCAACUACAGAUCCCCUCGUCAGAAGAGCUGCUUCAUUCUCAGAAAGGUAUAUUAGAAGCCCAAUCGACCGAUGUGCAGAUGCAGUGGCCAGGAAGUCAUCAUAAGACAGCCUCUGUGCAACCUCCCAAUAAUUUUGCAGAGAUGACUGCCAAUGACCAUGAUCGAAAAGCCAAGCUUCCUUCUGUCUGGGUGAAUACACCAAACUCCAGCCAGCAGAAGACCUCUUCAGAAUCACCAUGCCAUGUGGAUGGACCUUCUUUACUGGAUGUGAAAUCACAGUCACCAAGAUCCAAGAGUCACCAAAGUUCACCGAACCAGCUACUUAGUAUUCAAGACCCUCACCAGUCAAGGUGGUCAACACUCUGUGAUUCAAUACAAACAGCUAAGCCAGAGAUCUUCAGUUUCUCGGCAGGGAAUGACAGAGUUGACAUGGAUGUCCCAACCACCGAUGAUGUUAGAAAGGAUGAUUUGCAAAUCCAGAAGUCAUCAGGUAUGGUUAAAGCAGCAGAAAUGGGACAGACUGGAGGUGUAAUGCAAUCCACUGGUGCUUCUGGUUUGCAGAACACAAAUCCCUGGGGAUUAAAAUCAUCUUUUGAAAUGCCUACAACUGUGAGUUUUCAAGAAAUGCCUGGGGAUGCAUUAGAGACGCAUCAAAACAGAUUAAUCCAACAUUUGCCACAGCAGUCAUCACAGCAGAUGCAGCUUCUGCAACAACAACUUCAUCAACCACACCUACAGCAGCAGACUCAGAUAACUCCUACUUGGGUUAGUGCGACUCCUUCAAACCAGAUGGGACCGAUGAACAUAGCAUAUACAUCAGCCCGUUUUCCUCUUGGAGACAGACCUCCAUUGUGGGCUUUUCAAACUGCUCCAGUUGUAACCCAAGCCCUCCUUAAUGGACCAAUUCAACAAGGCCACAUCCGUGCACCACAGCAUGUAACCCUCAUUCCUGGCCAACAGAUUUCUCUAAAUCAGCCCUCAUCUUUUAUCACGCCACCUUUUCCUCCACCAGCCCUUAAUUUAUCUGCUCCUCAUCCAAUGCAACUUCCCGGUCCACUACCACAAGGCAUCUUCUUCACUUCACAGGGCACCAUCAAUGACAUGCCACUCAUGCCACAAGUUGGAAAUUUACCUCAGUUAGCCCAGCCAACUGAACCACAUAAAAUUGGCACUAAAAUGCCAUUUUCCCAGGAUCACUUGUACCAGUGCAUGAUCUGUGGUUGUUCUUUGCCCGGAGAGCUAGAAUUACAAAUGCAUUAUAUGCAACACGCACAGCGAGAUGUUUAAAUUAAAUUUAAAGGAAAAAAAUAUACAAAUCACAUAAACUGUAUCCAAUAACACCUCCUUUUAGACAGUUUCUUUGCUGUUUUAUUGUACAUUGCUGUUUAGCUGAUAGAGUAUGUGUUGAAGAUUUUUUUAUUCAGUCAUUAAAUUUUCAAGUAGAACAAA